AUGGCGACAUCUCUGGGCUCCAACACCUACAACAGGCAGAACUGGGAGGACUCGGACUUCCCUAUUCUGUGUCAGACGUGCCUUGGAGAAAAUCCCUACAUUCGGAUGACCAAAGAAAAGUAUGGAAAAGAAUGCAAAAUUUGUGCCAGGCCAUUCACAGUGUUCCGCUGGUGCCCUGGUGUUCGCAUGCGUUUUAAGAAGACCGAAGUGUGCCAAACCUGCAGCAAGCUAAAAAAUGUGUGUCAGACCUGCCUUUUGGACCUAGGAUAUGGCUUACCUAUUCAGGUCCGUGAUGCAGGACUGUCCUUUAAAGAUGACAUACCGAAGUCUGAUGUAAACAAAGAAUACUAUAUGCAGAAUGUCGAGCGAGAGAUUUCUAACUCUGAUGGAACCCGACCAGUUGGUGUUCUUGGGAAGGCUACAGCUACCAGUGACAUGCUGCUCAAAUUGGCUCGGACCACCCCUUACUACAAACGGAAUCGUCCUCAUAUUUGUUCCUUCUGGGUGAAAGGAGAAUGUAAAAGGGGAGAGGAGUGUCCAUAUAGACACGAGAAGCCUACAGAUCCUGAUGAUCCUCUUGCUCUUCAGAAUAUCAAAAAUCGAUAUUAUGGCAUUAAUGAUCCUGUGGCUGACAAGCUUUUGAAGAGGGCUUCAACAAUGCCGUGUCUGGACCCCCCAGAUGAUAAGACCAUCACCACACUAUAUGUUGGGGGUCUUGGAGAUACAGUCAGUGAGACAGAUCUCAGAAAACAUUUUUACCAGUUUGGUGAAAUCCAAACAAUAACAGUUGUACAGAUACAGCAGUGUGCUUUCAUCCAGUUUGCCACAAGGCAAGCUGCAGAGAUGGCUGCUGAGAAGUCCUUUAACAAAUUGAUCAUAAAUGGGCAAAGGCUUAAUGUGAAAUGGGGAAGAUCCCAGGCAGCCAGAGGAAAAGAAAAGGAAAAAGAAGGAACCACAGCCUCUGGAAUUAAGCUGGAGCCUGUUCCAGGACUUCCUGGAGUUCUUCCUCCUCCUCCAGCAAUUGAAGAAGAAGCCUCUGCCAAUUAUUUUAAUCUCCCUCCCAGUGGUCCUCCAGCAGUGGUUAAUAUUGCCCUGCCCCCACCUCCUGGAAUUGCACCUCCACCCCCACCAGGUUUUGGACCACACAUGUUCCACCCAAUGGGACCACCUCCUCCCUUCAUGCGAAUUCCAGGCCCCAUCCACUAUCCUUCCCAGGAUCCCCAGAGGAUGGGAGCUCAUGCAGGAAAAUAUAGCAGUCCCUAA